AUGACGGCGUUCGACGCGUUCCAGGGCGGGGCCUCGGUCGAGCUCUUCGACGCGAAAUCGCACGGGGUACCGUCGCGAAACGACGGUUCAGGUCGCCCGCGCGCGCGGUGGAGCGCGAGUCUGCGGUGGCGGGGUGGAUGCGCGCGGGCGUACGACGACGCGUCGCGAGGGUACGUCGUGCGCGUGCGCGGGGGGGGAGCGGGGGCGUUGACGAGCGGAGACGGGCGCGAGGGAGGGCUGGGGGCGACGCAGCCGGUGUUGGCGUUGCAGCUGCGCGCGGAGGCUGGGGCGAAUUUCUCGUUCGAGGUCGCCGUGCGCGAUGGCGCGGACGCGCGACGGCGAUUGUUGUUCAGUUCAUCGUUUUCUGAGGUGCGGGCGACGCCGCUGCACUGUCAGGUUCCCUUGAGAGAUCUCCCGCGCGACGAGUGGGUGAGUCUGUUGCUUCCGCUCGUCGAGCUCGUGCCGGUGUGCUUCGCGAGCGAGAGCGUGACGUACAAGUCCAUCGAUUCCAUCGCGAUCAGGGGGGAGUGUUGGAUACGAAAGGUGUUCACCCUGCGCGGGGACACGCAGUCGCAGUUGCGGACGGAUUCGAGAGAUGGAGACGGUCCUCAUCAAGCGGUGGUGAUUCCUCGCGAAUGUGAUUUCCCACCGGGCGUUCACGCGGCGGCGCACACGGUGAUUCCGACGCAAGAUCCCGCGAUGUACGAAGCGGACGAGGACGAACGUCGAGCACGGACUCGAGAGGUUCGAAAACCGAUCAAAGUCGCGUUCGGUCGUCGUGUGCCUUCGUCGACGCCACGGCGCGAGCGAAUUCGAUUCGCCGCCGCGCCGGCGGAAGCGUUCGACGACGCCGGCGACGCGCGAUGGACGCAUCUCGAUCAAAUAAUGUCCAACUUGCGAGUUCGAGAAGAUACGAACGCGGCGGACGACGGUCAGCGAUCGUGCACCGCGUCGUCGCCGUCGGAGUCGUAUAGAAGCUCGCAAUAUUCAGAGGAUGAAGCCGCGUUUCGGCCCGAAUCUGAGGCUCGAGUCGCAUCGCAAACGGAAUCCUUCCGGUACGAAGAGCGUCAACGCAGGUAUUCCACGGUCGAUUUAAGUGAUGAGGAUAUCGAAAAUGUCGACGACUACGACGAUGACUCGGAAGACGAGCGAGAUUACGACGAAACGGACGAGGACAUUCGCGACGAAAUCGACGUUGAUAACUUUGCCGAACGGGACCAGCGCGACGACGACGACAGCUCCGACGAUCCGCGAGACGAGCGCGUCGAAUUCGUCGACGAAAAAUCAAGCGUCAACGAAGAUGAAUCGGACUCGGACGUCGCAUCGCCCGUUCGAUCCGUCGAUUCACCGCUCUCAUCGUAA